CGUGGAGAGAGAACAGGUGAAGGGAGGACGAACUCUCCGACAGGAAGUUGUUUGGCACAGGUGGAUUGUGUUUUUUUUUUUUUGAUGUAAAGGAAAACAAGGCGAAGGGAGAUGCCAGACAGGGGAAGACACCAUCAGAGGAGCGAUGUGUCCAAGAGCAGGGAUUACUCACACGGGGGACAUCACUCUCUGUAUGAUCACCAGAGACACAGCCAAAACCCAAGAGAUGUGGAGGAGCCACUCAGCAGUGACCGAAGACACAAAGACAACAGGGAGAGAGAGGGGAUAAGCCCUCAUUUUCACAAGGGUCCUAUAUCAUACAUCUAUGAUAUAGGACCCUCAAUACCGCUCAGAGAAACACCAGAGCGUUGCCCCGAGGCUUAUCAACAACAGCACAGACGAGCUCUGUACAAUUUAAGAUACGUCCUAAGCUCCAGAGGUAUCUGCCAGCUCAUGGAGGUCGCCGUGAAUCUUCUCAUCGUAAUCUGCGCCGGAGUGCCGUACAGCAACAACGGGGGUUACCGCGACCUGGCGAGCUACGGAGGAAUUUACCAAUACUACUUUGGAGGCGCCAACGCCUUCGCUGGGGCUGACGCAGACAGGGUCAAGGAGCUGGACCGCCUGUUCCACCAGCUCAAGCGGCCUCCGUAUGCCUUUGCCAUGGCCUGCGGGGGGAUUUUGAUGAUGUAUGCCUUUGUCGUGUUUGCUCUGGGGGUCUUCAGGGUGCCUUACCGCCGGCCCCCCGUGCUGCUUGGGGAGGCUGUUGUGAAUUUUCUGAUCAGCCUGGGUUACGUCGCCGGGCUGGCGUUCUACUUCGUUAAGCUACAGGAAACCUACCAAAACCCCAUCUGUCUGGAGAGAGAGCAGAUGUACAAGAGCAAAGGACACAAGGGCUUUGAGUGUCGCUUCCAUGGGGCAGAUAUCGCGGGAGGUCUGUUUGGGGUGGCGGGGAUCUUUGUUUUCAUCUUUGGCGGGGUGGUAACCGUCAGGGCCUUCAGAUCGGUGCGGGAGCUGAAGAAGGAAAGAUCAAAUGAGGAGAGCCGUUUUUAAACCGGCUUUUCUCGCUCGCAUUAGAGCAAAAGUUGAAUAGACUGUAAAGGGAUUUCCUUUUCUUAUUGUUUCCCAUGUAAACAUUUGUAAUCCAUUAACUUUUUAAUGUAAACUAGACUACUUUUUUUUUAUUCUUUACACUUUUGUUUACAUUUGUACUGAGCAUGAUUUAUUUUGUAAAUGUCACAAUAAACUACCUAAACUGUGUAUACGAUUUUAUUAUCUGGCAUAUAAAAACAGGUAAUUGACAAAGUACUUAUAUUCCUCUGUAUGACAUAUACAACAGAACAUUAAGCCUCCUGGGGGGGAAAAAAUUGCAAAAUGGUUUUUAAUAUCGGAUGUGUUUAGGCAGAACCGACGCUGGUGAAAUGAUCACAUCAGUGUUUUAUUCCUUAUAUGUGAUUUUGAAUAUAAAAAAACUAAACCUUGUUUCCCACAAUUCAGCAUGCAAGGGUAAAACAGACUGAACUGACCUAAGUAAACAUUUGAAAAUCUUUUUUAGUCUUUUAAUCAGGAAAAGAAAUCUAAUGUGUCUAACAUAACCUUGAGAUUUUUAGUUUAAAAUUAAUUUGUUAUAGUAGGCCUGAAACUGUCAUGACUUCUUUUUAGAAGUGGUAUUAUUACUUCUCUUUUAAACUGAAAUAGCUUUAUUUGGCCUGAUUUUCAAGUCUGAAAAAGUGAGAAAUAUUUUUGUUAAUGGUGACUUGAAAAAAUUUCGAACAGAGAAGGUAUUAGAAGUGGCUUUGAUGUACAAUUAUGAGUCUUUAAACCUCUGCCAGGCUGUACGUGCGUGCAUUUUUUAACUCCUCCAGUAGAUGGCGCCUACCGUGUUGCGCAAUGCACUGAAAGAGUUCAGUUGGUGCAUUCAAGGUGUUCACAAGUAAAGAAAAUAGUUCUGGCAAGUCUCUUUUUUUUAUA